UGUGUGUAUUAUUUUCCAGAUGACUCAGCGACUUACAUUCAGACGUCGCCUGUGUUACAACACCAACAGCAAUAGAAGGACAGUGUCCAAGACUCCUGGUGGAAAACUUGUUUACCUGUACACAAAGAAGGCAGGUGCAGUACCAAAAUGUGGUGGCUGUAAAGUUAAAUUACAUGGAGUUACUCCUGCAAGACCACAGGAACUAUCCUCAAUGUCAAAGAGACUAAAAUCCGUAACCAGAGCUUAUGGAGGGUCUAGAUGUCAUAAAUGUGUCAGACAGAGAAUUAUCAGAGCUUUCCUGAUUGAAGAACAGAAAAUUGUGGUUCGGGUGCUUAAGGCACAAGAAGCUGCAAAGAAAGCCACUAAAUAAAUCUAUGAUCAAGA